AUGGACCAGGCGACGAUGCGGCGAUCGGCAGAGCUGAUGACGGCCUUCGGCAGCGAUGCGCACUCCAGGGCCGUGGACGAGUGCCUGAAGUCGGCCAGCGGCUUGCUGCAACGCUACCGCACCGUCGAAGAGGGCAUCGAGAACAGCUUGAGAGGGUGCUCUGAGAGGGAGAAGGAGCUGGAAGGCAUUCUGUCUGGAACAGCAGAGGCGGAACUCCAAGAGAAAAUAAAUGAUAUGGAGCUGGAAAAGGAAACCAGGGAGACGAUCAAGGCGAAGCUCAAGGCCAUGGAAAACAGGGAAAAGUUGGUGGAAGAAAUGAAGGCAAAAGCAGCCAGCCUCAGAAGCGAGCUUGACAUGUACUUGGUCGUUUCAUCAAUAUUCUGGAAGGAAGGAGUGCAAUUGAAGGGAGAUAUUGCUGGAAAAUUUGUUGGAAAGAAAGCCCACAUCAUACCUUUUAGUUUUGAAGUGGACAAAACACAUUUUGAGGUGGCUGACGAGCUGUGGUCUAUGAUGGAUGAGUAUGAUGGCCAAGCUUGA